AUGUCUCCUUCUCCCGAACCCAUCACAACCUCUGAACUCCACGACGACAUUUUCGGCUCAGCACCAAAUUCUCCUUCAUUAUCACCAUCACGAGACAAUGACAACAACGACAUCCAGAUUCCUGCACAAUUACUCAGCACGGCAAAUUCAGAACGCUCUGAUAUUCCACGUUUGCGCAGUGUGCACGUGACUUCUGGUUAUCGCGAUGGGAUUUCUGUGUCCAAAGCUGAACAUGUCCAACAUGGAUUCGAUGAGGGCUUCUCACUUGGCGCUGUCAUUGGUAUGAAGGCUGGUUUCUUACUUGGUGUAUUUGAAGGCGUUGUUCGCGCUAUCCAGUCUUCUGCCCCCAUCAGUAAGGAAGUCAAGGAAGACGUGAUUGCAAAAUUCGUGAAGGCAAGAGAGGAUUUGGGCUUGCAGAGUUUGUUUGGAAGAGAUUGGUUUGGUGAGGAUGGGAUUUGGAAGUUUGAGGUCGAGGGAAAGCAGGAAGAAGAAGUCACAUUUAGGGAUGUGGCUGAUGCGCAUCCUGUGGUUGAGAGGUGGACGACAGAAGUCGAGAAGUUGAAAAAGACGUUUGGCAUCGAGUUUCAAGUGAGAGCGAGACCAGAGGGAGAUGAUGAGGAAGAGACGACUUCUUGA